CUCCUGUUCAAAGAGGAAAAUCAAAAUGGCGAUCCCCGGACCUGGGAGGUCUGCGGGUUUGCUGUCUUCAGUCGCUCUGCAGCUGCUUCUGAAUCUGACGAGCCUCUACUUCGUCUUCUACUUCCUGUUCACUCUCGGAUUAAUCAUCAGAAAGAGCUUGACGCUGUCCUAUCCUGCUGAUACUCUCAUCUGUGAUGUUGCUCUGCUCUUCCUCCUGGCUGCUCUGCAGGUUCUCCAUUUCUUCWGUGGUGUGAAGGGCAAUCUGACGGAGAAUGAGAGCUAUAUUCUAGGUCACCUUUUUGUGACAGCACCAACCAUCCUGUUGGCGAUCUACUUCCUGGUGUGGCAGACCUACGUGAUGCGGAUGGAUGUAAUCAUCAGCAGCAUCUUAGUUGCUGUCUAUGGCUUAGACGGAGUCUUGGCUUUGAUUACCUUAGCCAGAUUUGCAAGUGUUUCAUGAAGAAGUCUUCUCUUCAGCUGAGCUUGUUGGUUUUCAACACUUUUUUACAAUUUAAAAACUGAAAUCAGCACAUCUUUCUCUCACUGUGGAUUGUGUAAAAAUAUGUUUUUGCCUUAUUUUUUUGGAUAAAAUGAUCAAAACAUGGAUAUUCUGUUAAUGGGUUUUAAUUGUUUUCAUAAUCGUAAUCAAAGAAACAGAACCAGAGUUUUUAUCUAGUUUUUAAAAUUAUUCUCAACAUGUUAAUCAAGUCACGUUUGUUACAUUUAAGUUUUGUCCAGUAGAGGGUAGAAUUGUUUUAAUAAAUACUUGAAUACCAACUUAA